UUUAAGUGACAAACAAGACUGCAUUUAAUAAUUAGUUUUAUUAUUGGUUAAUUAUUUUUUGGCUUUUCUAUAAAAUGUCCAUCACAAGACUGAGCUCAGAUCUAUUUCUUCACAGUGCUUCCUUAAUUUGCCUAACAGGCAUUUUCCCAGCAGUCACUGUCGGAAAAGUGUGUUACUAAUAACAUAAUUAUAUAAAUAAUUAAUUAAAUAAUUAACAAUGGCUCUGCGCUGUUCAGUCUAUCCAAUAAGCCGUGUAAUUCAGCCAUCAUUAAUUUUAUUAUUUAUGCCAGUGCUUUUCCUACAGUGAUAUGUCAAAAUGUCUCAUAUGAAAAUAGCCUUUUGAAAUAAUCCAAAGUAUUUAAUCUUUAAUGAAAUUAAAUUAAAUAUCAAAGAAGCAACUCAACUCUUAAUGUUUGUGAUUGUGUAAAAUUGCAAAUAUUUGGUAUUUCAGUUUGCAUUCAAGAGCCUCUCUAUCUGUCCUUUUGUUCAUUCAUUUUUUUCAUAUUUCAGUCUGUCGUCCUUUCCCACCUCAGUUGAGCCACCAGAGCCCUUUGCUCUGAAGUCUAAACUGAGGCUCUCCCAUCAGAGCUGUCCUACUGCAGUACUGCAUCGCUGUGGCACUUCCCCCCACUGUGACGUAGUUUCUGACAUCUCAUCCAGGGGGCGUGUCCGACAGAAAUCCCCAGCCAGGCACAGAUGUAGCUGCAGCUCUGAGAGGAGAGGCAGGGGAGGGAGGAAGAGUUUGAACACACUGCAGAGGGAGUGCAGCUAUGGGGAACGCACAGGAGAAACCCCCGGGCAGCUUAGGAGGAGGGGGAGCUAGACCGGAUCAGGCCACGGCAGGGAUGAGGAGCCGGGGAAGCGUGGAAAAGCCCCGAACAGAGAAGGGGGUGGCCAACGGCACUCAGAGGGAAAGGAGCCCUGCUGGUGGACAAGAGGAGCAGGGCAGCCCUGCAGUGGACACAAGUUAUCUGGACGCCCCUGCUGGGGCCCUUCCUCCUCACCUAGCCCGGCUCAAGAACGAGGGCAACCACCUCUUCAAACAUGGGCAGUUUGGGGACGCCUUGGAGAAGUACUCUCAAGCCAUUGAUGGCUGUGCUGAAGCAGGAAUUGAUAGUCCAGAAGACCUGUGUAUCCUCUACUCCAACAGAGCUGCCUGUUACCUGAAGGACGGAAACAGCACAGAGUGCAUACAGGACUCCACCAAGGCUUUGGAGCUGCAGCCGUACUCCUUGAAGCCCCUUUUGCGCAGAGCUAUGGCCUAUGAGUCACUGGAGCGUUACAGGAAGGCCUACGUGGAUUAUAAGACGGUCCUGCAGAUAGACACUGGGGUACAGGCGGCCCACGACAGUGUCCACAGGAUCACAAGGAUGCUGAUUGAGCAGGACGGGCCCGAGUGGAGAGAGAAGCUUCCAGAGAUUCCCACCGUCCCGCUGUCGGUCCAACAGCAACACAGAGACAAGCCGGUCAGCGCCGAGGUGGCCCAGGCCCGAGCUGCCAGGGCUGCACAGGAGGAAGCCAGAAGAAAAGAGGCUCGCUUUACUUUACUGAAACAAGAAGGCAAUGAUCUGGUCAAGAAAGGCAACUUCCAGGGAGCUAUGGAGAAGUACAGUGAAUGUCUCACCAUAAAACCUGACGAAUGUGCCGUCUACACAAACAGAGCCAUUUGCCUCCUGAAGCUAAAUCGCUUUGAAGAGGCCAAACAGGAUUGUGACUCUGCACUGCAGCUGGAGCCGGCCAAUAAGAAAGCCUUCUACAGACGGGCGCUGGCUUAUAAGGGUUUACAGGAUUACCUGUCGGCCAGCAGCGACCUUCAGGAAGUCCUCCAGCUGGACCCAAAUGUUCGUGAGGCCGAGCAGGAGCUCGAGGUGGUGACGAGUUUGCUGAGACAGAGCCUAAUGGAGAGCACAGCACACACACCGAGGGUUUGAUGGUUCUUUGUGGAUCAACAUGGAGGCAGAGGAAUGAAACAGGUGUAGACACUUACUGUACUGUAGCAGUUCUGGAGGAAAAGGACUUCUAAAGCCAUCACCUGCAGUAAGUAAGACCUGUAAGAAACGGAAACGACUGGCGUUAACUCCCGGGACGGCCUCCUCGGACGAGCAGCUUCUCAGCUCUGCACCAUCUGCAAUGUGUGCAAACCACAACAUAACACAACAUAAUGGGCAGCUUUAUUUUAAAAAAGGCUCUUAUCAAGGAACUCGUGACUUGCUUGCACUAUAAACCAUUCACAUUAUGAUGUAAGGUACUGUACAUACAGUUUCAUGUGACGGGCUGCUGUUAUAUGGUAAAGUGAAACGGGAGAGAAAGAGUGUAUUAUGUGUGCCUUAUUGAGAUUUCUACCACAGUUAGGAUGAAAUACGCCAAGAUCAACAGUUUUAUUUAAAUAUGUUUUAAACAUGUUGUGUUUGGUUCCAAAAUGAUAUAAAAGAAACGAAUGCAGUGUAUGUUUGAGAUGCAGGUGAUGUGUAACUGGACUGUAUAUAGAGAUAAGAAAAGAAAGAUCCUUAUGUGUCCGUGGUUUGUCACUGUUUACACGUAUCAUCACCACAGCUGCUACAAAUUUAAAAAGCCAACAGCUUACAAUAAACCAUCAUCAUCAUCAUUGUGUAGAUGCAGAUUUCUGCAGCUAAUUCAUGACAAUCCUGCUGUUUCAGUCUUGAUCCAGGAGUUUGAGGAGGAGCUGUCCUCUUGGCUUAAGGGGGGUUUUUGUAACCUAAUCUAAAUUUUAGAUGAUACAAUAUUGAUUUAAAACACUUAAAUAAUCCACAAAACAGCUGAGCUCAUAGUUAAAGUCACUGAUAAUUAUAAGAUCAAAUAAAAAUAUCCUGCUGCUGAAAUGAGGUUACUUUAUCGUGUACUGUAAGACUUACUGUGAGUCUCAGGUUCAAUUUUGAAUGUAACCAAGAUGACUGUGUGUGUUUUUUUUGUGUGUACAGAAUUUAAGUUUGAUAAGUUUCUGAUCACAAUACGAUAGUUUUCUCAAUGCGUCCAUUAUGACUGCUGUCUGUAUCUCUGCUCCUUUCCAGCUGCAGUAAGGAACUCGUCACAGCUUCCUUUCAGAGGAAAUCCAAACAAAUCUAGUAUUAAGACACAGCCUGGCAUCGCAUCACAAAAAUGAUUUAGGAUGCUGAGGUUGGAAAUCUUCACUUUGAGAAAGCAUCCAUGACAAUUAUGUACUAAAUAAACUUUAUUAACUUCAA